AUGUUGGAUAGUGAGGCAGCAGUGACCGCUUUGGCCUUUACUGAUCUUGUGCUCUACGACAUCUUCAGAAUGCCACAUCCUUCUCUCUCUCUCGGCAAGCUCAAGACUGGUAAAACGCAGCAACGCCAUCGCAAGACCCGCGGUGCAAGCACUGAUGUUUCGCCCAUCAAACUUAGUCACCUUUUCAAGUCCAUUAGGCACCACCGUUUGAAGGGAAAGGUCGCGGGUGAACAGCAGACUACUUCAGUCCCAUCGCCCCAUCCUGAAUCUGAUAUGAGCUUGUCACCUUCCAGGCAUCCGCCUUGCGAAUGGGACACCAGCUAUUCGCGUCUUCUGUCAGGAAUCAAUAAUACGCGCACCUUCUCACAAUCUACUAGCCAGUCUACCACCGCUGAACAGAGCAUAGCUCCAUCGGAGGAGUCGUCACGUUCAUUGUUUGGUAUGCGCCCUUCGAAGACCACUUCAGCUCUUCUUCCGAAAGCCCCUGUAGACCCUGUCGCAGACAGGUCUGGUGCAUCCUCUCCCUUGAUAUCAUCUCCGUCCAUGUUUGACCUACGUUCUCAUUCGGCGGGCGAUUACAUCGUGCGACAACUUAGCGCAACCCUAGAGAAGCUUUCGCUGGGCGAGAGUCACUAUGCCAAGCUUCAGGAGAACAUCCUUCCAAUCAGAUCCCUGAAUACCUCUUCUGACAUGAUCGUCUCUCCUGCUCCCCAUUGGUCUGCCAAGUUCAAAGACUCGCCUGCGUCUGGAUACCUUGCAAACUUGAAACAACAGCUGCAGGAGAAGCGGUGGCUGUGCAAGUUUGCUCGCUCCACAUCAGCCAAAGCACACGUCACACCUACCAUAUUCAUCACGUCUGUUGAUGGGAAGCAUCCCAAACCACUAUGUUCUCCGGUUGGCCUUUUUGGACAAGCCAGCCACAUCAAAUAUUUGCUCGAAGAUCCUGUGCCUCAGCCGCUGCCGCUAGCCAAUUCCCCGUCACCUGAUGACCCAUUUAACGCGGAUUUUUACGCCUACAACCAUCCCUCUCAAUAUGAUCUGCCAUUGCUACCUUCAACGCCGACAGGAGAAGUCACCGACCCCGCCUGGUAUCUGCCCGGAACGCCCUCUCGUGCAUAUCCAAAACUCUUCCUAUCUGGUGGGGAGGAAUUCGCAACAGCCCUGAGUGCCACCAUCACCAAUCCGUUUGAUCUUCCGCCUUUCUCUGUGCCGUUUAUGAAACAAGGCCUUCUCGACGCUUCGCUUUAUGGUAAUUGA